AUGGCGAGCAGGGGCAGCGCAAGUUCUGGCUCUGUGCCGUCCAAAAAAGGCACAAUCGUACGGCCUGGGAGUGGACUCAGGGAGGAGGGAGAGUCCACCCCAAGGAGGAUUGUGAAAGAGACCAGAGCUGUUGUCGUUGAUAUCGGGACCGGCUCCUGCAAGUGUGGCUUCGCUGGAGAACAGAAGCCAAGCCAUGUGGUCUCCUCCACCGUAGGGAAGCAUUUCCAGGAGACGGCCAAGACAGGCGAUAAUAGGAAAGAAACUUUUGUUGGCCAGGAACUUAAAGAUGCCAGCAUCCCCCUGAAACUCGUCAACCCCUUGAGACAUGGGAUCAUAGUGGACUGGGAUAGCGUCCAGGACAUCUGGGAAUACCUUUUCCAUAAGGAGAUGAAGAUUCGGCCCGAGGAGCACGCUGUCUUGGUGUCCGACCCUCCGCUGAGCCCCACCACCAACCGGGAAAAGUACGCGGAGAUGCUCUUCGAGACGUUCGGCACCCCUGCCAUGCACAUCGCCUACCAGUCCAGGUUGUCCAUGUAUUCCUACGGGAAGACGUCGGGUCUGGUGGUGGAGAGCGGCCACGGCGUCUCCUACGCCGUCCCCAUUUAUGAAGGUUACACGAUGCCCAGCAUUACGGAAAGGGUGGACUACGCCGGAUCGGAUGUCACCCAAUACCUCAUGAAGCUAUUAAACGACUCGGUGAAAUUGUUCUCGGAGAAAGAUUGGCAGAUCCUGGAAGAUAUCAAACAGAACUAUUGCUUCACCUCUUUGGACUAUCCCCAGGACGCGGCUGCACCUUCCAGGGAACACGAGGUCGAGUAUGAGCUUCCUGACGGGCAGAGAAUCGUUCUCGGCAAAGAGAGAUUCAUGUGUUCCGAAAUGCUCUUCAAGCCAUCCCUGAUCAACUCGCAGCAGUUGGGGCUGCCCCUCCUCACCAUGACGACCCUCAACAAGUGCGACGUCGCCCUCAAAAAGAACCUGAUGGGCAAUAUCUUGCUCUGCGGGGGCUGUACCAUGAUGAAGGGCUUUGCUGACCGCUUCCAGAGAGAGCUGAUUAGGAUGUGUCCAAACGACAAUCCCAUCUCCUCAGCCUCCCCUGAAAGAGAUACAUCCGUAUGGACUGGAGGCUCCAUCUUGGCGUCCCUCAAGGCCUUCCAGCAGCUCUGGGUUCACAGGAGAGAAUAUGAAGAACGGGGCCCUUUUUUCAUCUACAGGAAAUGUUUCUGA